AUGCCGUCUCCUAGUGCAACGCGAUCUGAAGGAAUCGAAUCGACUCGAACCAUAUUGAACGAAUUCGAUGCCGUGGUUGGAAAGUGCACUCGACGAGUGAGGGUGUGCAAAGUACCUCACGCGCAACUUAAUCUGAUUAUUGGCAGUGCGUCUCUAACGAUCACUGUCGAUCAGUCGAUUCCGAAACAUAGGUCAUUUCCCGUCGUCCAGCAUGAGCUCGCGGCAGCAAUGUCUAACUCCAUUGCUCAUCACAGCCAAAACUCAGAGUCACUAUCUAUGGGAGCUGGACAGUCAGGAAGUAACAACUCCAGCAUGGAGCCAGACGCGUUGGAAAAGAGCCGCACACCGACACCGAGUCAAUCGCCGACCAUCCCGCCGCCGCAAGGACGGCGAUACAGGUACGCGUUUUGAUC